AUGGUCGAGUUAUCCAGCGUCGUGUCCAAGUUCUACAACGACUAUGUGCAGAACACCCCCAAGAAGCUGAAGUUGGUGGACAUCUACCUAGGCUACAUUCUGUUGACCGGCAUCAUCCAGUUUGUUUACUGCUGCCUGGUGGGAACCUUCCCGUUCAACUCAUUCCUUUCGGGCUUCAUUAGCACAGUGAGCUGCUUCGUCCUGGCCGUCUGUCUACGUCUACAGGCCAAUCCCCAGAACAAGACCGUUUUCGCUGGAAUUUCCCCGGAGCGCGGAUUCGCCGACUUUAUCUUCGCCCAUGUUAUCCUUCACCUGGUGGUGAUGAACUUCAUCGGUUAACAAUCUGUGUACCACAACCAUUCACAUAUAUUUAGAAUAAAACGUAACUAAUAGAA